AUGGAUCAGUCAACAGAUAAACGCCGCCGAGCGCAAGGGCAACCGCAGAAUUUACCCCUAAACACCCUCAACGUAUCUAAUACUUCCCAUUUUUCGACUGCUUUCGUUGAACCAACUGAAGCCUCGAAUCGAGUGAUGUCUUCUUCUCCUACCCGAGGGGAUGCAAAGAUUGCAAUACCCAGGCUGCAGCGACCGGCUCAAAAUCAACCAUCUGCUGCUCUUGAAAGGCAAAGGUAUCGAAAUCUUGCUGAAGAGGAUAUUGCCACUUCAAUUGAAGGUACAGGCUCCGGAGAUGAAGACGAGUAUGCAGCGUCCGCUAGUGCUGGUUCUCCGCGAUUCCAAGAUCGCGUCCAACCAAACUCGGCUGGUUUUGUUAGAACAAGAAAUAUUUUGAACACAAAACUCUCAGGAGCAAAUUUCGAUGAAUUCCAUUACGGUUUGCUUCAACAGUGCACAUAUUUUCUCGGAGACAACUACUUGUACCAUUUUUCGGUGUUCAGGAACGCUGGAAGCUACCCAACAAUGUUCGACAAAACCGGUGACCACUCUCAACCCCUCGAAAAAGAAAUGGCUGACAUAUUUGUUAAUUCAUAUUUCUUGACUGUCCACCCGAUGUUUCCAAUACUUUCGGAGCAAGAAUUCAAAAUGCAUUAUGAAAUUUAUUACCAAACAGCCCAUUACCCCAGCGAGGUGUGGCGCAAUAUCCUCCAUGUCAUCUUUGCCAUUGGUGCGAUUCACACUCUUCGUACAAAUGCUCAAGCUGGUGUCGUUGAAAGCGAUCAUGUUAUGUUCGCAUUCCGUUCAGGAGCGCUAGGUCGGACAUCAACAUUUCUUGUGGAUAUUCCAUCUUUGGAACAACUUCAAUGGGCUGCAAUCAGCGGACUGUAUUAUCUUACGAGUUAUCACAUCAAUAGAGCGUGGAAUUUAAUCGGUCUAGCAGUACGUUUUGGGCAUACUCGGGCUCUUCAUCUAGUCAAAUCAAAUACAGACCUUUCAGAAAGCGAGCAAGAAUUAGAAUUGAGAGUCUGGCACGCUAUCAGCUCAAUGGAACGAUUCAUCUGCGUCUUCACGGGGCGCCCUUCCUCACUUCAGGAUCGUUUUACAAGUAUUCGUUUCCCCCGCACAGUUGAACUUACAUUCGCAGGACCCCUUGCAUAUAUGGCCUCGCUAGAGACUCAAGCAGCGAUGGCAGCAAUAUGUCCGCCUUCUAAUGUCACCCCGAGAACCACCUCUUCUAUACCACCAUGGACCAUCUUCAUACGGUGUCUCCACCUAGAUUUAAUUAUCGCCGAGACUUUGGAGGAGCUAUAUAGUCCCUGCACAGUCAAUAGAACUUGGGCUGUCGUGCAGAAUUUAGUGUUUGAUUUAGACAGGAAGCUCACCCAAUGGAAGGACGACCUUCCCCCUGGAGUUCUGGACCUUUCGCCAGCUUCCGAGGGACUGUUACCCAUGCAUGAACGCAUGUAUCUUUACCUUCGCUUUUAUGGAGCAUGCAUUCUCAUCAACCGCCCAUGUCUCUGUGAGGCUCAACAAUUAAGCAACGCAAUUCCAUCCCAGUCCGCUUCUUCGAAGAGAAUGGAUCAAGACGCCGCAGUCCGCUGUUUAUCUGCCGCUCGGAAUUUAAUUAAACUCCUCCCUCAAAACGUCCAGCCAGUUGAGCUCUACCUCACCACUCCUUGGUGGUGUAUACUGCAUUAUAUAGUACAGGCUGGUACUAUUCUGAUAAUAGAAUUAUCAAUGGAUAUCUUUCAUCUGCCCAACGAAACCGAAAAUUUGAUUGAAGAGUCGUCUUUUGUUCUCAGGUGGUUACAAGCGUUGUCAGGAACUAGCACCCCCGCCCGUCGAGCCCAUAUUAGCCUAAGUCGUCUGUUGCGCCUUGCACUUUUCAAAAUAGGUAGGGAUAAUCACCCGACUGCAAUGCAAUCCAUGGACGAAGACACGUCAAUGGGCCCGUUGUCUGGCCCCACAAGUACAAUCACCUUCAGCCCUCAGUCCUUCAUACCCAAUACAGUAUCUGCAGGGUGGCAAGAGCAGUCGGGAGGAAUGAAGGAAGGACGUUCAGAUAUGGAAUCGACUUGA